UAAAAAUAAAAAGAAGCGUUCAAACAGAGACAAAGAAGAAGAUCGAGAAUCGGACGAAAAAAAACACGCAAGAAAUUUGAAGCGAAGAAGCAAGCAAAUAAUUCUUGGAAUUUUCUCUGCAAUUUCGUAUGAGGAACUGGAUCGGGUAGAAGAAAAUCGAUUUGGGCGAAGAGUGGAAGGCUUGUUCUUUUGGAGUCAUUCGGAAUUUGGUGGGAGAUGGUGAUGCAGACGGAGGCGAGAGUGGGUCAUGGCGUGGUGGGAAGCAAAACGGCGUCGCAUGGGCUGACGUCGCAGCAGAUAUCGCAGAUCGGAGCGGCGUCGCAGCUCUUGGCCGGUGGUGUCGCCGGCGCUUUCAGCAAGACUUGCACUGCCCCUCUCUCUCGACUCACCAUUCUCUUCCAGGUGCAAGGUAUGCAUUCUGAUGCAGCAACUCUGCAAAAAUCGAGCAUAUUGCGAGAAGCUUCACGGAUCUUGAACGAGGAAGGAUUCCGGGCUUUCUGGAAAGGGAAUCUGGUCACAAUUGCUCAUCGGCUUCCGUAUUCAUCUGUCAACUUCUAUGCAUAUGAACACUACAAAAAGUACAUAUAUAUGGUUCCUGGACUGGAAAAACACAAGGAGAGAAUGAGCUCAAACCUCUGUGUGCAUUUUGUAGCCGGUGGUUUGGCCGGAAUAACAGCUGCUUCGGCCACUUAUCCACUGGAUCUUGUUAGGACUCGCCUUGCUGCUCAGACGAAUAUCAUGUAUUAUAACGGUAUCUGGCAUGCUUUACGGACUAUUAGUUCAGAGGAAGGUAUAUUGGGACUUUACAAAGGACUUGGAGCAACACUUUUGGGUGUCGGGCCGAGUAUCGCCAUUAGCUUCUCCGUGUAUGAAACCUUGAGAUCAUAUUGGCGAUCAAAUAGGUCUCAUGACUCCACCGUUAUGAUCAGUCUAGCUUGUGGAAGUCUUUCAGGCAUAGUAUCUUCAACAGCUACGUUCCCGUUGGAUCUGGUGAGGAGACGGAAGCAGCUGGAAGGGGCUGGCGGGCGAGAAGUCGUGUACAAAACUGGCCUGUUCGGGACGAUGAAGCACAUAGUUCGGACAGAAGGCGUGAGAGGUUUGUACAGAGGAAUUCUGCCGGAGUACUACAAGGUCGUGCCUGGUGUCGGCAUAUGUUUCAUGACCUACGAGACACUCAAGGUCUUCUUCUUGGAUCUUUCCUCUCGAUUAUGACACAGCUCCUCACUUUGAGGAAGUGACUGUCUUCUUAUAGUUAUAGGUUCUGUAUAGAUUUGGUCAGGUGGUGGUAAUGGCCGUAUUCCCUUUUUUUUUCCAUUAAAGGUUUUUUCUCGUCAAUUUUAGAAUUUCUGGAGGAGAGUCGACCGCAAAAGUGUUAGAUUAGUGAGAGAUUUUUAAAAGAUAAAUUAAACCUAUGGUUAGUAAUAUUACUGUAAUUGUUAAAAUA